UUCAACUGAGACACACAGUAGCAGCUCAGAGAGGAGACAACACAACCAUUUCUCUCUGUCUCUCUUCAUCUUAUACUGUCUCUUUCUCUCUCUCUACUGUAUCCAUCACAUCACAUUCUGUGGAAUCUUUCAAACUGCAAAAGAGAGGACCUGGCAACCCGCCUGGAGCCUGUGGCCCCAAAACAAGGAAAACAGCAGCCACAACAGCAGGCAGGCUGAGUGUGAAGCUGUUGUUAUGGAGAAGGAGAGUGAGAGUGAGCAGGAGAGGGGAAUGGUGACAGCUCUCGACUGCUUGGAGGACCUCCAGGAUGAUUCAGAUGCCAUUGACUCCAGCUGGUCCUGGAUUCAGACCAUGAACUACGUGGGGCAGCUUGCGGGGCAGGUGUUUGUGCAGGUGAAGGAGCUGUACCGGGGGCUGAACCCUGCCACCCUCUCAGGAUGUAUUGACAUCAUCGUGGUGCGGCAGCCGGAUGGCUCUCUACAGUGCUCACCUUUCCACGUUCGCUUUGGCAAGAUGGGUGUCCUGCGCUCCAGAGAGAAAGUGGUGGAUAUAGAAGUGAAUGGAGAGCCUGUGGAUUUGCAUAUGAAGCUGGGAGAGAACGGCGAGGCUUUCUUCGUCAAGCAAACAGAGAACGAUCAGGAAGUGGUGCCUUCUUACUUGGCCACCUCUCCCAUCCUGUCUGAUGGUGCGGUGAUGAUGAGCUCUUUAAUCCAGACUCUUGGGCCAUCGGUGUCUGGCAUAGAGAAUGGUGCAAUAAAGAAAAGGAGGAAGAGGAGGAGGAAGUCUAAAGUGGACAGUGUAAAGAGAGAACCCAGCGCUGAGUACUCGGAGGAUGAAGAGGUCUUCACCAUCGACAUCAGCUCCAAUGAAGGAGAUGACCACACUGCUGACCGAAACAGGACCUCUUUGAGGGACAUGAUGAACGAUGACUGCUCCAGUGGCUCUCAUAAGCAGAAUGCUGUGUAUGCUCGCUCUGAUGGAGACUGGUCCCCUAUGCACAGUCCCAAUGUCUCUCGCCCCUGCUCACCUAAGAGUGACUCUGAACUGGUCACUAAAGCUGGUGAGGAGAAGCAGCAGAACCCAGCCAUGUUGUGGGCUUGGGGGGAACUGCCCCAGCCCUCCUUUAUGCCAUCUAAGCCGGAUUCCCCAGCUGUGUGUCCUGUUUCCAUCCCAGUUUCUGACAACACACAUUUCAAAGUCAUCCCCGAUGCCUCUGCCUCUAACCAGCAUUACCCUGCUGACAGUACUGCGACCCUGCGUCUGAUCAUGCCCACAGCGACCACAGCCAAGACGACUGUGUCAGAACACGUGAAGACUGAGGUAGAGCCAAUGAGGCUGGACUCCAAUCAUUUAGCUGUUGGGGCAGAGAACAUCACAGCAGGAACAAGGCCAAAGAGAGUUCAAAAUGGAUUUGAUGGACAGGACCUGGACCCUGAGACAAUGGAGCCAGAGACCACAGCGGUAUUAGCAGCACGUUUAGUGUCAGAAGUUGAAGAGGGGGCUGUAGCAGCUAUAGGAUCCUCCCAACAAAGUAAAACCGAUUCACCGUCUAAAAGAAAAGAUAAGAGAAGCCGUCAUCUUGGUUCAGAUGGAGUGUAUCUGGAUGACCUUACAGAGCUGGAUCCAGAAGUAGCUGCUCUAUAUUUUCCAAAAAGUGAGGGCAGCAGUGCAGGGCGUGUGUGUUGUGAAAACACCACACGCAGCAUGAGCAUGUCACCUCAGUCUGUGGGAAGCUCAGGAGCUGACAGUGGAGUAGACAGCUACUCAGAACAGACCACGGACCUGCCCUCUAUUGCCCUCUCUCUGUGUGGAGGACUCACUGACAGCAGGGAGAUCACUAAAGAGUACUUUCAGGAGAAAGCGGUUACAUACAAUCAGUUUGCUGCUAACCCUGCACUCAUAGACGACCCCAACCUAGUGGUCAAAAUCGGAUCAAAGUAUUACAAUUGGAGUACUGCAGCACCAAUCCUGCUGGCUAUGCAAGUCUUUCAGAAGCCACUGCCAAAGGCCACCAUAGAGAGCAUCAUGAAAGAGAAGAUGCCACGAAAAGGGGGGCGCUGGUGGUUCUCAUGGAGAGGCAGAGGAUCCAGCUCCAAAACAGAUUCAGCGUCUGUUAAUGGAAGCGCUGGAGGAGCAGAACAUGCUGGGAAAAUGAACAAUAAUAACAGACGGAAAGACGAAUCCUCUUCUAGUGAUGAAGAACAUAUAUCAGCCAAACAGACGCCCAGCUCCACACAACCAGAAAAUAUUCCUCCACAAGGGGGGGUAUCUUACAGGAAGACACUCCGCCUGACCUCUGACCAGCUGGCCAGCCUGCAGUUGAAGGAGGGUCCCAACGAUGUGGUCUUUAGUGUCACUACUCAGUAUCAGGGCACGUGCCGCUGUGAGGGAACCAUCUACCUGUGGAACUGGGAUGACAAGAUCAUCAUAUCAGACAUCGAUGGCACCAUCACGAGAUCUGAUACUUUGGGACACAUUCUGCCCACUCUUGGUAAAGACUGGACCCAUCAAGGCAUCGCUCGCCUCUUUCACAAAGUCAGCCAAAAUGGCUAUAAGUUUAUGUACUGCUCAGCGAGGGCUAUAGGCAUGGCGGGUAUGACUAGAGGAUAUCUGCACUGGGUGAAUGAGAGUGGCACCAUGCUGCCCCAGGGACCUGUACUGCUCAGCCCUAGCAGCCUGUUCUCUGCACUGCACCGGGAGGUAAUUGAGAAGAAGCCUGAGAAGUUUAAAGUGGAAUGUCUGACCGACAUUAAGAACCUGUUCUUUCCAAACACACAGCCCUUCUACGCUGCCUUUGGCAACAGAGCCACAGAUGUGUACUCAUACAAAGAGGUCGGUGUUCCUUUGAACCGAAUCUUUACUGUCAACCCAAAAGGGGAACUGGUGCAAGAGCAUGCCAAGACCAACAUUUCCUCGUACGCGCGUCUGGGUGAAGUGGUGGAUCAUGUGUUCCCCCUGCUGAGAAGAGCCAGCUCCUCAGACUUUCCCUGCAGCGACACUUACAGUCACUUUACCUACUGGAGAGAGCAGCUCCCCCUGGUGGACAGCCAAGACUGUGCAGGCAAAGCCAGCAGCUGAAAUACUGCACUUACUGUGGAAAUUUCAGAUAAAAAAAUAGCUUCUCAGUGAACCAGAAAACGGAUAAAGUUCAAAAUCAAACACAUUCAGUAGAACAGAGGAAGAAAAGGUCCGCUUAUCUACUCGUCAUUUGUUGGGUUUAUAUAAAGUUAUAUAAAUCUAACAGACUUUCCGCAAUAAUGUGUACUCACACAGCAUGCAGACCGUUUCUAGUGAUGCACUUUAAGGUUGAACUGGGAGAACCAAUUCUAUAAUGGAUUGUUUAUUUGUUUUUUAAUUCAUUGGCAAUAUGAUUUUAUUUUGCUCAUUCACAAUUCACAAAACUGAUCCAAAAACAAGCACUGUCUCAGUUCUCCAGGAAUCUUUGACUACAUACAUUAUAACCUGAAAACUAAGUGACCAAGCAUCAGAAUUCACAGUGAAAGACAGAGAAAAAACACAAAUAAAUAUAAACAAAUAAUUGAAAAUAUAAAGGCACAGCUAAAAAGACCAGCUAAACUCACUUUUGGCUAAAGUUAUCCUGCUAACCUGAGAAAUUCUAUCCUAGGCAUAUCGUAAGCCAUAUUUAGGUUAUCAAACACUUUUGACAUAGUCAGAAUUUCUUUUUUAAUUUAAAAAAGGAAUAAAAAAAACAUAUAUAUAUAUAUAUUAGUAUUAUAUUAGUAUAUAUACUAGUAUUAGUAAUAGUCUAAUUAUAUCAGUGACAAUUUUAUGCAUACAUACAAGAACUAAAAAUAUAUGAAUGUAAUGCAGAUACACAUGCAAAGCGUUUGGACACUGAUGGUCACAUUACAUGUGCUUUUGAUAUUCUUAGUAUAAAUACAUUUGCAUUUCACUCCACAAACUACUGUAUUUAUUACAUUCUAAGUAAUAAAUUUUGCUUAUUUGUUUAAACAAAUAAAUGGCAAAUAAAUAAGUAUGUGAGGUAUGUGCCAAAUUUGUGGUACGGCCCAUACGUUAUUUAUUCGUGAAAAAUGUAUAGAAAAAAUUUGCAAAAUGUAUAGAAAAUGUUCCUACACUUAUAUGUCAUUUACACAGCAGUGUCCAAACUUUUGCAUACACAUGUGCACACAUAGAGAAGGGAAACUGCUGACACAAACACACAUGCACAUAUAUAUUUAUACACAUACACAAAAGUAUGCUUGCGCACAGGUAGAAGUACACUUGCUUUCAAGCCCAACACAUACAAAUUCACACAUAAUAUCACAUAUAUGUAGUUCCACACAUACAUAUACGGGUAUGUAUAUGCACUUUCACCUCUUUUUUAUAUUCUGUUGUCUGUAGAAAGUCAUUUAAAGGUCAUUUUGUGCUCCACAAUGUACAACAUUGAGCUUUGAGCUUUUAUAAUGAGAACACUCAUGAAUGUGUGCUGAUCUGAGUGUGCCACAGCACAAGCUUGAAGUCAAAGCUAGGGCUGGCCUGAACAGCAUUAGGCAGACUUGAAUAUUCAUUGUGUUUAUGAAAAGGUACCUGAAUACCAACUUUCAAAACCAUUUCAUAAUUAAAAUCAAAAUUUUAAGUGUGUUUAUGACUGUAGUUAGAAGUCUGUAAAGUAGAGGGCAGUGAUCUAUUGAUUUUUGUGUACCGAAAUCAGCUGUAAAUCCAAGUGGAAAUUAGUGCAAUAUGUUGUGUCUGAAUUUAUUAGACAUUAUACCAGUUAAAUAUAUAUAUAUUUUUGUAUAAUUUUCCAUAUAUAAUCAAUAACGGCUCUAUCUAUAGAUUUUUUUCUGAUUAAAAGUAUUGUAGUGUGGCUUCUGAAUACUAAAAAGAAAAAAUGAAAACAGUAUAGGAAACAAACAAGUAUUUGAGUGUUAAAAUUAUUCGGCGCAACCCUAGGUCAAACAUAUAUUUAACUAAAUAGACUGUUACUGCACAGAGCUUUUUAUUUAUGAUUUUUUAGUGGAAUAACAAUCAGACAUAUACUGUAGCACCUUUAAAAAAAUGAAGUGAUGUCUAUAGUCUCUCAAGCUGAUGGGAAUUGUUGUCAGAAUGUAUUGUCAGGCUAUUUAUGAUAAAUCUGUGUUUUGAUGAGUCAACUUUGAUACUAUAGGUUCCUCAGAGUUGACUACUCAAAGGACAGUUCAUGCUAGAAAUACAUGUCCAAAAGUUUGUAGACAUCCCCGCUGCCAAUGUUUCAAGUAAAAUUGGGGGCAUUGAUAUCAUGCUUGUCCCCUUUUGCUGCAGUAACUGCUUUUACUCUCCAAGAUGGUUAAUGGUUGCAUUAAGUCACAGAAGAGCAUUAGUAAUAUCUGGUUGUAUUGAUGUUAGAUGUUUAGUUCUGCCACUCCAGCUCAUCUUAACGUUACUGAAUGAACGCUCCAUCACUCCAGGGAACACAGUUCCAAAGCUCUACAGCUCAUUACCGAGGCGUUUUAUACCCCUUUAUUCCUCAAACUCCUGUGUGGCUUCUCCAAAAUGUUCUGUUCUAUUCUACUAAAGUGUGUGACAGAUUGUGUUAUGAUGGGUGAUCUUAAAGUAGCCGAACUCACUUAAUAACAAGGGGUGUCUGGAUACUUUUGGACAUAGAAGGUGUAGGUCGCUGAAUAUAAUCAUGUUUUGCAGCUUUAAUCUUGCAUAAUUGCCCAUUUUCUGUGUGAUAAUCAGAAAAAAGUAAUAAUUUUAUGUUCAGUUAUUAAUGAAUGAUAUUUAAAGAGUAAUUAUUGGUGUGUUUGAAGAGUGCAUAAGUUUUACUUUUCAUUGCAAAUCCUUUUUUAGAAAAGCUGUUACAUUAAGAGGAUGCUGUAUUUUGUGUUUGUAUUGUUUCUUGUGAGUUCAGUGACAUUUGAGGAUCUAAAGAGCUGUACAACACAUUGCACUGAUACUGAGAUGUAGCUAUAAGUGUUAUGAUUUCGCAAACAAUAAUGGAAUGUUAUAUAUUCAUACUACAUGCUGGAAUAACUGUUUGGAUACAUUUGGAUCAUACUGUAUGCAUGCAUGAAUGUGUAAUUAUGCUGUGUACAAUCCUUACCCAGCAUUGGAAAUGCAAUAUAUAUAUAUAUACAUAAAUAUAUAUGUGCAUAUAGGGUAAGUGUUACUAUUUUAAACUUUAACUGGUGCAGCCUUUACAUUUAUUAAGAUGAUCUUUGUUCUGACAGUCCACUGGAUCAUUUAAUAUUCUUUCUAUGAAAGAUCAGUAGACCAGUGUCUCAUUGUUGUCUUACUCUGACCACUGAUAUCACUAGUUAUCUCUGAUUUCUGUUAGAAUGGUGAUAUAUGUGGGUCCAUGUUAAAUUGGUGCUUGACUUGCUUUCUGCCAAAAUUAAAUAAAAACAAAUAAAGAAAAA